AUGUUGUCUUCCUCGAUCUCCGGAACCCCGUUCAGCGUCCGCGACAUUCUCAGCGAGGAUCAGCAGCUCGGAACCAUGGAUUGCUACCCCGUCGCUCACCAUCAGCACCAGAUUCAACAGCAACACGCCACCCAAGAUUACUAUAAUUACAUCGUGCCGGAUAAUCAGUGGGAAUUCGAAAAAUCGAUGCCGACUUACCCCCAUUACCCUGAUUUUAGUAGUCACGUUCAUCAGCUGAAUCAAAUCGCGCCGACGUAUCAGGAGCCUACGAUCUCAGAAGAUGGUAACGUCGUUACAUCGAGCAAGACCGAGUUGAGGAAGAGUCAGUCGGGCAAGAGAACAAAACGGAAGCCGAGAGUGCUCUUCUCACAGACGCAAGUCUACGAACUGGAACAAAGAUUCAAGCAGCAAAGGUACCUAAACGCCCCGGAAAGGGAGCUACUUGCCCAAACCUUGAAGUUGACCAGCACGCAGGUGAAGAUCUGGUUCCAGAACCGUCGAUACAAGAACAAACGCGCAAGAAUCGAGGACGCGGAAAAGCUGCAGGCUCAGAACAUGAAGCAUCAAUCUCUGAAGAAGAUCUCUGUUCCCGUAUUGAUCAAAGAUGGUAAGCUGAAUCUUCAGGACACUUACAACCCCACGGUCGGGCCCUAUUGGUCCAACAUCAGACCGGAGCUGACGGUGUCGAUGCAGCCUGACUUCCGUAUGAACGACAUCCGUCUGAGCCCGGAAUUCAGAUCGCAAAACGGGGACGUAAGAAUGGACCCCAGCAUGAGCCCCGAGUUCAAACCGGAAAUUCACUCGGACAUGAGCGGAAAAUCAAGCCUAAACGGGGAUCUACAAGUCAGACAGCAAGUUAUCGGCACACUAUCGGAUUAUAGAAACAAUCUAGCGACGGAUUGUCAACGGCAGAUCAAGACGGAAUACAAGGACAACGAGGUAUCACCGUUUUCCGAUAUGAAGAACAUGACGUCGGACGCGAAACCGAUCGUCAGCGACGGAAGACCGACGAUGGACGUCUCGAGCAGCGACUACGGUUUCGCGAACUACUUGGGCCCCCCUAAUUACCAGAUGCAGUACGUGAAUUAUAUGGAACAGGUGCCGCUGGACCAGAAUCUCCAACGAUUGUGGUAA